AUGACGGCGGAGGAGCACAAACGUACCAUGCAGAAGCACGAGGCGUCCCUCGCUGUGGCCCAAAACGACGAGGCAAAGGCAAAGGCCGAACGGGAGCUGCACCGUUUACAGAGAAUGCAGUGGACGUGUGAGUGGGUGGACAAGGUGCGGGAGUUGUCGCGCUUGAUUGCCGAAUUUGCUGUCACUCACCGGAAGCUCAUCAACGCCUCGUUUACGCACAUACCGGACUACUUCCGCCCGACCCUAAGUGAGGUGAACAAGGACCUCUCCAGCCCGCCUUCGGGGGAUGACUUCCUCGACCUUGUAGUCACAACCGGCGGUGGCCCUGGCUUCAUGGAGGCCGCGAACAAGGGGGCGGCGUCCGUGGAGGGUUCCGCAACGAUGGGAAUGGGCAUUUCCCUCCCCUUCGAGAAGGGCCUUAACCGAUACAUCACUCAGGACCUCGCAUUUGAGUUUCACUACUUCUUUACACGCAAGUUUUGGAUGAUGUACUCCUGUCGCGCCAUUGUUGUUGCACCAGGUGGGCUUGGAACGCUGGACGAACUCUUCGAGUUGCUCACCCUGCGUCAAACAGGGAAGAUUCCGGAACUCCCCAUCGUUCUAUUCUGCAGCAAGUUCUGGAAGACGGUCGUUAACUGGGAGGCACUUUUGGAGUUUGGCACGGUCUCAAGGGAAGACGUCGAUACGCUUUGCUUUGCCGAUACUGCCCAAGAGGCGGUAGAAUUCAUUAAGAACUUUUUUUGGCGCAAGCGUAAAUUCCUCUGGAUCCAUGCUCUUUCUUUGGAUGACGGAGCAGUUCACUGUCGGUGUAUUUGUGCGUGUGUGGUGGUGUGGUCCUUGUGGGGACCAAGCAUAAAACUUUCCCUUGCAGCCCGUACAAAAAAAAUAUUCCUGGAUAAGCAACAACGGGCAAAUAAACAAACAAACAAAUGCAGAAAAAGUAAACAAGUGUUUAAGUGGAUUGUUCUAUACUGCCCUCUGUGCCUCUCUGUAACUCCUCAUCCGUUUUUUUUGGGGCUUCUUCUUUGUACAUACAUAAAUGUGUUUAUUCCCAAGUUUUGUUUUUUUGUUUGCCGAAGAAUAUAUAUAUAUAUAUCUGUGUAUAUCUGUCUGCUUUCCCGCUCUUUUUAUCUGCGUUUGCGUGCGUGUGGCUUCACGGCAAAUAAAAAAUCCCGUCGAAUGCAUCCGUAUUUGGUCCCUGGUAGUUUCCUGCGGACCAUUCCCAACUGGCGUGGGAGGCGGCUGGUGCUGCGGCGCCGGGGCACCACGCCUGCUUGCGCCUCUGUUGCGCUGCCGGUUGGCGUCUGGGUUGUGUGCGCCGCGUGUUCCGUGCUGCGCCGUGCUUAA